ACGUAUGAAGGCUUUGGGGUGCUGCGGGGACCAGAGCGGGCAUCUGUGGGCAACGGGAUCGACCAUGGGGUCGGCGCGGGCUUUGGCGCUGACGAGAUAUUGAAGCCCGCAAAAGGCAGGGGUUGGAACAGCUCUAUAACAACAUAAGUUGUUUAUUUGUUAAUUUAAAUUUUAAAAAAUUGUCUUUUCGAGACAUGCUCUCACCAUGUAGCCUAGGCUGACCUGGAACUCCUGUAGCUCCUGACUCCCGAUCGCCUGAUGGGUCAGGCGGAGAAAGUGUGCCUUGUCACUGACACUGUUUGGUGACAGCCACUUGUACCCUUCUGUUCAAAACGACCACACCCUCCCCUUGCGUGCCCCGCCUCCCCACUCCCCCCCCCCCUUUUUGUUUUGUUUGUGGAGCCAGCAUUUGAAAGCCUGAGGCUAAAUGUGUUCAGAAUCAUCCGUUUGUCCGAUUUUGGAAAAGUAUAGGAUUCCUGUGCUCUGUGUUUUGUUGCAUUUCGUACUGAUAACCAUAAAUAACACCUCUAACCCAGACCAAGACUGGAGAAGUCUAGAGAAGGAACCUAGAUCAUGGUUUGUUCUGUCUGUCUGCCUAUCAUCUACCUACCUAUCUAAGCAAUCUAUCUAAUCAUCUGUGGUUAUGUUUUCUAGACAGGUUUUCUCUUUAUUGCCGUGGUUGUCCUGGAAUUCACUCUGUAAAUUAGGUUGGCCUUGAACUCAGAUCUGCCUGCCUCUAUCUCCCAUGUGAUGAGAUUAAAGGUGUACACCACCACUGCCCAGCAACCACGGUUGGGACUGGCAGUGCCUUAAAAGAAACUGCUUUUGCAGUACUGUCCGUCACUAUCGCCAUCACUUGUGUACCUUUGUAGCCCCAGCUCCCUCCUGGGGAACACUGUUCCUCAUGAGGUUCUGGUGCGUUUCAAACCAGGCUGUGCCAUCAGCGGAUUAACACUGCCUAGCACAGGCCACCCAUGCUGUACCCAAGCAUUGCUUAUUCUGUAAACGCCUUGGUUUUAAAGUCCUUUGAGUGGGCUGCACCUAUCUAUGGUUAAUCCUCUCUGCAGAGUCCCUCAUUGCAGAUAGUUGCCAUCCUAGCCACAAACAAGCAUGGCUCCUGUGAUCGGUUCCACACCCAUUUUCUGACCCCUUUCCCCACAUCACACCAUUUGAACUUUUUCUGUACCACUCUUCUCUAAUUAAUAUUUAAGUUGUCUUUAAGUAUUUUUGUUUUGUAACAUACUUAUGAAGAUAAAAUGAACACCUCAGGUGUAGCACCACCAGAUUAAGAAACGUAUUAUUCCAUACCCCCAGCCCCCCAUUGAAUCUCCUCUACAAAGUUUCCCACUACUCUGAAUUCUGUUUUCCUUGCUGUUGAUAGGCCUCACUGAGUUGCUAUGGCCCUGCCAUGAUCGCUGUGUACAGUUCUUUCUGUGUUUGGCAUCCUUGUGAAUGUGUGAUUUGCUUUUUGCAUAUGGUGUGGUUUUGUGUGUUUGUGGUUUGUUUUGUGACAGUUUCUCUUUCCCUGGCUGACCUGGAACUGGCAAUGGAGACCAGGCUACCCUUGAACUCAGAUCUACUUGCCUCUGCCUCAGGGUGCUGGGAUGAAAGGCAGCCACAGUGCCCAGCUUGCAUGCAGUGUGUUCUGAGCAGUACCCAUGUGGAUGUGAGCAGCCUUGCUUUCUUUGUCACUGUCCUGGAUUCCACGGUGUGAUUUGAAUCCCUUUAUAUGACUGUUACUUGGUUGAUAAGGCAUUUAUAGUAUUGCCAGACUUCCAUUACAUGAUGUUUCUAUGGACACAUCUCCUGGGGCCAGUGUGGACACUUUUGUAAGGAAUGUACAUAAUAUGUUUCUGGGGUCAUGCAAGUUUGCUGGAAUCUGUUUCCCCCAGAAGAGGAUGAAAGUCACAGGCCAGGGAGUCCACCACUGUUACCUGCUGAAGAUUCUUCACUUUCUCUCCGCUCCUCUCCCCUUCCCUUCUUCUGUGUUCUCUCUCCCAGAUUUAUUUUAUGCAUGGAUAUGUGUGUCUGAGUAUGGGUAUGUGUGUGAAGCCCUCGGAGACCUUGGAUCCCCCGAGCUGAACUUAACAGGUAGUUCUUAACAUGCUCUUAACCCCUGAGCAAGAGUCUUUCUAUAGCCCACACUGGCCUGCAACUCACUCUGUACAGAGUCCAGACUGACUUCAGACUCAUUCUUUCUCCUGCCAAAGCCUUUUGAGUCCUGGGAAUGCUGGUAUGUGUUAUUGUGACCAUGUCAGUGUGUCUUUGAUUCUCUUGUGUGAUCACAUGUAGACCAGCUUUUAAUGUGUUUUGUUUAGCCAUCACCUCUCAUGCUGCUUCCACAUCCGCUCUUCUCUUUAUUUUUCUCUUCUUCUUGAUCCACAGGGGUUCUUUGUGCGUUCUGAAGAAGGCUCUGUGGUUAGUGUAUUUUAAACACCUUCCAGCAUGUUGCCUCCUCCCCUUCCUUCCCCUCCUUUGGUAUUUUUGGUGAGGUUCUAUAAUGAAGUCAGCCAGUACUGUGUUCUUUUAUGCUUUGUCCUUUGUGGCUUUUGUGUCUUCUAAGGACAUCCUUUCCUACUCUAGAUCUUGGUUACAUGUAACGUGAUCACGUUAUCAACAUGUUUUCUGUGUGUACUGACUCAAUACUUGCUUUCCCCCCUUUCUUCUGACUUCCGCUGCAUUGAUUGACGGAUGCCAAUCCUGGAACCGAUGGAUGACUUAUGGCUCGUCCUUUCUUUCCUUCUCCCCUGCUUCAACCCUUCCUCGGGCUGGGUUCAUGAGGCCCUGCACACCAGACCCGGCUAGAAGGGAUUCUUUAUAACUGCAUUCCUUAAAUUUGAGCAAAUGGGCUUGCCUUACUCACCUCUUGGAUAUUGGCUUCUGACUUCAUUGUCUCAUAGUCAGUCCAGCCUGUAGCCUGGCUCUGGCUGCCUUGAGUCCUGUUCUGCAGCCAGCAGGGCAGACCUGACCCUCCCCUUCAGCUUUUGCUGUCCUGCUGAUCACCUCUCCCUGUGUUCUUAGUGUCCUAUGCACUUAGCAUUUCCCGUGUUUUCAUCUCGUGAUCCAGAGGGCUGCAAGCUUCCCCACCCCACAGUGGAUUUAUGUGUGCUGCAACCCUGAUAAACUAACAUGAAUGUUUGUGAGACCUCCUCAUAAAGGCCUAAACAUUUGAAGAAGUUGUGUGUGCGCGCUUGUGUGACCGUUUGCCACUUUGUGAUGAUCUUUAUUUCUGCUAAUCCUUUUUUUAAAAAAAACCAUAAAGUACAUUUUGACUCAUUAAUAAAACCACACUAGCUCAGUUUGCAGGAUAGAUUGUUUUUUAAUCCUUAAAUUGGGUUUCUUCUUUCUUUUCUCUUCCCCUCUCCUUUUCUCCCUCCCUUAUCCCAGGGUUGAACCUAGGGCCUGGUGCAUUCUAGGUAAGCUCUCUGCUACUGAGCUCUUUCUCUUCAUUAUUAUCAUUAAUCUAAUUGUGGAGCCAGAAUUCAUGUUGCCUGUCACGCAGAGGCAGAAAUUGAAUCCUUAAGCCAUGCUUAUUCAUUGAGCUGGCAAUCUUGGAAGACAGAACUAAAAUUUAAAAAAAGAAACAUCUGAGACAGGCAUGGUAGGUAGUUCAUGCCUUUCAUCUCAGCAUGCUCAGGAAACAGAGGCAGGCAGAGACAGGAGUAUUUAUUUCUAUGAGUUUGAGGCUAGUCUAGUCUUCAUGGUGAGUUUUAAGCCAACCCGGACUAUAUAGUGUGACUCUUUCUCAAAAAAACAAAAACAAAAAACAAAAAACAAACAAACAAACAAAAACACCCAAAGAUCUGCUUUCCUCUUCUCAUCUUCAGAAAGCUAAUUUUUAGGGAUUGGGAAACAGAGGCUGUCAGUCACUCCAAAGCAUACUCUUGGACCUCUGGUCACGUGGUCAGCCUAGCCUCCAAGAUCCCGGAUGCUUUUCUGGAUAUCCUCUGCAGAGUUUUUCUUGUGUUUGGAGAGAAGGGGACCAGAGUGUGAUCUCAGUUGUGUGGCUGCGUGGCCUGCACCAUCCACCCAGCCCCGCCCUAGCCCCGCCCAAGCCCCGCCUGCCUGGCAGGAGCAGCUCCCUCCAACAUGCAGGGCAGCACGAGGAGAGCAGGAGCCAUGACGGAUGUGCACCGGCGCUUCCUCCAGCUGCUCAUGACCCACGGUGUGCUGGAGGAGUGGGAGGUUCGGCGUCUGCAGAACCACUGCUACCAGGUCCAUGACCGAAAUGCGACUGUAGAUAAGCUGGAGGACUUCAUCAACAACAUCAACAGUGUCCUGGAGUCUCUGUAUAUUGAGAUAAAGAAAGGAGUCACGGAAGAUGAUGGGAGACCCAUUUAUGCACUGGUGAAUCUUGCUACAACUUCAGUUUCCAAAAUGGCUACGGAUUUUGCAGAGAACGAGCUGGAUCUGUUUAGAAAGGCUCUGGAACUGAUCGUUGACUCAGAAACUGGCUUUGCUUCUUCUACAAACAUUUUGAACCUAGUUGAUCAACUCAAAGGGAAAAAGAUGAGGAAGAAGGAGGCCGAGCAGGUGCUGCAGAAGUUUGUGCAGAGCAAGUGGUUGAUUGAGAAGGAGGGAGAGUUCACCUUGCAUGGCCGGGCUAUCUUGGAGAUGGAGCAGUUCAUCCGAGAGAGCUACCCAGAUUCUGUGAAGAUGUGCAACAUCUGCCACGGCCUCCUCAUCCAGGGUCAAAGUUGUGAGACGUGUGGAAUUAGGAUGCAUUUGCCUUGUGUGGCCAAAUACUUCCAGUCCAUCCCUGAACCACACUGCCCCCACUGUAAUGACUACUGGCCCCACGAUAUACCAGAAGUCUACAACCCUGAGAAGGAGAGGGAAGCUGGCAUCUCCAAGUCGAGCAGAAAGUCCUUACGGACCCGGCAGCACUAGCUGUGUCCUGCAUCGUUCUGGGCUGACCCUCACAGUCCAUUUAGGACUGCCGUGCCUCCUUUGUUAUUUGUUCUUAACACGUUUUUAGUAAAUGUUUCCUGAUGGCGCUGUGCUCUGUAA